CCUUUUUCUCUCUCCUGUCUAAAUUUCUCCUUCCUCCAUCUCCGCCGCUCUAUCUGCUCCCCAAAAAUUCCCUCUCUCCCACUUUCUCUUCCCUGAGACACCCAUGUUCCUUACCCAGCUCCUUCCCCAAAUGCUCAAUUAAAACCUUAGAAAAAAAAAACUAACUCUUUUGAAACUGAUACAAAACCCAAUAAUUUUCUUGCAUUUUCUUGACGAUUUCGCGGCAUUUUUUUGCGAAGAUGAAGAAACCUCUUCUGGGUUUUGUCUUUCUUUGUCUGCUCUCAGUUAUUCUCUCUGUUCACUCUCAGUCAAGUGCCACAGAUGCCUCAGUAAUGCAAGAACUGAAGAAAAGUCUCAACCCGUCGAGUUCACUCGGCUGGACUGACUCAGACCCAUGUAAUUGGGCAAAUGUUCAGUGCUCCAAGGACAAACGGAUCACUCGGAUCCAAAUCGGGCGUAAAGGGCUCACAGGGUCACUCCCUCCAAACCUCAACAAUCUCACUGCUCUACAGGUUUUUGAAGUUCAAUUCAAUCAACUCACUGGGCAGCUGCCGAGUUUUUCCGGGUUGAGUUCACUCCAAACCACUUUACUCAGUAACAACAAUUUCUCAGCUAUACCCUCUGAUUUCUUCGAUGGUAUGUUCUCUUUACAAAUUGUUUUUCUUGACUACAAUUUAUUUUCUUCGUGGUCUAUACCUGAUAGUCUCAAAAGUGCUUCAGCUCUCCAAACUUUCUCAGCCACUUCUGCUAAUAUNACCUCUUUACAAACUGUUUUUCUUGACUACAAUUUAUUUUCUUCGUGGUCUAUACCUGAUAGUCUCAAAAGNUUCUCUUUACAAAUUGUUUUUCUUGACUACAAUUUAUUUUCUUCGUGGUCUAUACCUGAUAGUCUCAAAAGUGCUUCAGCUCUCCAAACUUUCUCAGCCACUUCUGCUAAUAUUUCCGGGACAAUCCCUGAUUUUCUUGGCCCCGAUACAUUUCCUGGAUUGACAAACUUGCACUUAGCUUUCAAUUAUCUUGAAGGUGGACUGCCCUCUAGUUUUUCAGGGUCUUUAAUUCAAUCUCUAUGGUUAAAUGGACAGAAAAGUAGUUCUAAGUUGAAUGGCAGAAUUGAUGUUCUACAGAACAUGGCUCAAUUGACUGAAGUUUGGUUACAUGGGAAUUCAUUUUCUGGUCCCUUACCAGACUUUUCUGGGUUGACACAUUUGCAGAAUUUGAGUUUGAGGGAUAAUAGUUUUACGGGUCCGGUACUAGCAUCUGUGGUAGAUCUUCCUUCGCUUAUGGUUGUUAAUUUGACUAAUAAUAUGUUGCAAGGACCAGCUCCGAAGUUUAAAUCUUCAGUUCUAGUGGAUAUGAAUGCUGGGUCUAAUAGUUUUUGUUUAAGUGAUGCUGGGGUUGAUUGUGAUCCUCGUGUGAAUAAUUUGCUUUCUGUUGUGGAAGAUGUGGGUUAUCCGACUGUGUUUGCGGGUAGCUGGAAGGGAAAUGACCCUUGCGCACAGUGGUUGGGGAUAACAUGCGUUAAUGGCAAUAUAACUGUGGUGAAUUUUCAAAGUAAGGGACUCACAGGGACGAUUUCUCCAAACUUCUCAUCGAUUACAUCAUUGCUAACAUUGAACCUUGCAAAUAAUAAUCUUACCGGUUCUAUUCCAAAUGAGCUUACAAAUUUGCCUAACCUCAGAGAGUUGGAUGUUUCAAACAAUCAGCUGUAUGGUAUAAUUCCAUCGUUCAGGAGCAAUGUGCUUGUAAAAAUUGAUGGCAACGCCAAUAUUGGGAAGAAUUCUCCUCCUCCAAAUACACCAGGGUCACCGGCCGGUAAUAUACCAGGCUCACCCACAGGUAAUACACCAGGCUCGCCCACGGGUAAUACACCAGAGGCUCCUGGAAAUAGUAGCAAUAAAUCUUCGACUGGUGUUGUUGUGGGUUCAAUAGUUGGUGGUGUUUGUGCUGCAGUUCUCUUUGCUGGAUUAUUUGUCUGCGUUUACAGGGCCAAACAUAAGCGUCCUGGUGGUGUACCUCAUCCAAAUACCGUGGUAAUUCAUCCUCGUAAUUCGGGGUCUGACGAUACUGUUAAAAUCACGGUGGCUGGUUCUAGUGUUAAUGGCGGGGCAAGUGAAACUUACAGUCUUGGAAGCAGUGGACCUAGUGACAUUCAUAUCGUUGAGUCCAGAAACAUGGUGAUUUCCAUCCAGGUUCUAAAGAAUGUGACUAACAACUUCAGUGAAAAGAAUAUACUUGGAAAAGGUGGAUUUGGAACUGUUUACAAAGGGGAGCUGCAUGAUGGGACUAAGAUUGCGGUUAAGAGAAUGGAAUCUGGGGUCUUGAGUGAGAAGGGUUUGGAUGAGUUCAAGUCUGAAAUUGCGGUUCUUACUAAGGUCCGACAUAGGCAUUUGGUUGCGCUUCUAGGUUAUUGCUUGGAUGGAAAUGAGAGGCUACUUGUUUAUGAGUACAUGCCCCAGGGUACUCUUAGCCAGCAUCUGUUCAACUGGAAGCAAGAAGGAUUGAACCCCCUCGAAUGGAUGAAAAGGCUGACUAUUGCAUUGGAUGUAGCCCGAGGUGUUGAAUAUCUACAUAGUUUAGCCCAACAAAGUUUUAUUCACAGGGAUCUUAAACCAUCCAACAUUCUUCUGGGAGAUGAUAUGCGGGCUAAAGUUGCAGAUUUUGGACUGGUUCGUCUUGCUCCCGAAGGGAAAGCUUCAGUCGUGACAAGACUAGCUGGAACGUUUGGGUAUCUUGCACCUGAAUAUGCUGUGACUGGACGAGUAACUACUAAGAUUGAUGUGUUCAGCUUUGGAGUGAUUCUAAUGGAGCUGAUUACGGGAAGAAAAGCACUAGAUGAAACCCAGCAGGAGGAUAGCAUCCAUCUCGUCCCAUGGUUCCGUAGAAUGACCAUCAACAAGGACUCAUUCCGUGAGGCCAUUGAUCCCGUGAUCGAUCCUGAUGAGGAAGUUCUUGCCAGUAUCAACACUAUUGCUGAGCUGGCUGGCCACUGCUGUGCAAGGGAACCCCAUCAGAGGCCCGAUAUGGGGCAUGCAGUCAAUGUGCUCUCAUCUCUCGCUGAGCUCUGGAAACCAGCAGACCCUGAUCCUGAAGACGUGUAUGGAAUCGAUUAUGAUAUGACCUUACCACAGGCAGUGAAUAAGUGGAAGGCUCUUGAAGGAAUGAGCGGCAUUGAUGGUUCUUCAUCUUAUAUUGGCAGCAGCGAUAACACCCAAACCAGCAUACCUACUAGGCCAUCUGGUUUUGCUGAUUCAUUUACAUCCGCCGAUGGACGAUGA